AUGGAUCGUAAAUUGAGUGUUGAACCUGUUGAAGUUAUAUAUCCGGAUGGCACUUGUCACACUUAUCCAAAUCUUAAUCCACGUAGAAUGGAGGCCAAAGUUGAUUAUAUUAAUGCAUGCAUAGGCAUAAAACUUAACGCCAUAGAUAUAAUCAAACUUUUAAAUAGAAUGUCAUUGUCAGCAACUAUUUCUGAUAAAGACGAAAACCUACUUUUGGUUGAUAUACCACCAACUAGAGCUGAUAUAUUACAUGCUUGUGAUAUUAUGGAAGAUGUAGCAAUUGCUUAUGGAUUUAACAAUAUUCCAAAAACUUUUCCCAACAGUGCUACUGUAGGGAAAGCAUUUCCAAUUAAUAAAUUAAGCGAUUUGGUUAGAAGAGAAAUUGCCUUAUCGGGAUUCACCGAAGUAUUGCCUUUGAUUUUGAAUAGAAAAUGGCUAAUAUUGGUUACUAAUAUUAAACGUCAAGAUCGUGUCGUUGAUGGUGCCAUUGGAUAUAAAUAUAAUAACUGGGACCCCAUUGAACCUCAAUUUACGAUCCAUAAAGAUGGUUAA